AUGGUUCAAAUUCCCAGAUCGUAUGCGGAGCUGAAGGCUCGGGUCCCUAACAUUGGUAUCGUGCUGACGGCUAUUGGCUCGUGGUUCAGUUUCAGUUUGCUGAUUUCGCUAUACAACAAAUGGAUGUUCUCUGACCCAACGCUUAACUUCAAGUUUCCUGUGUUAAUUACAGCCUGUCAUCAAUUUGUUCUGUUUUGGCUCAGUUGUCUCACUCUGACAUUUUGGCCCAAGUUCAGACUCAACUAUGUUGACCCUUCUAAAGCCUCUGCCAGUACUUCAACCGAGAGUCUGAGUUACUUCAUCAACCCUAAGGUGUACGUCACCAAGAUCUUACCUUGUGCAUUGGCCUCGGCUGGUGAUAUUGGCCUUGGCAAUUCUUCAUUGAAGUAUAUCACCAUUUCGCUCUACACCAUGCUGAAGUCCUCGGCAGUGUUGAUUUUCACUCUGUUCUGGGGCUUUGUGCUUAGACUUGAAAAAGUUACAAUGAAGCUGUGCCUCAUUACCUUCAUUAUGACCGGCUCGGUGAUGAUGAUGGUGUAUGGUCAAGGUGAGCCUACAACUGAAGGAGAGACCACUCCUGUUGAGGAGGAGGCCGAGGAGAUGAAGGUCAAGCUUGUGAGAUUGCUGGUCAAGAGAGCUGCUGUGGCUUAUUUGGGUGUUAGAGAGGACAACGAUGGACUCGUUCCAUUGUCGGCUGUUUCCAACGACGAGCCUGUCACAGACACGGCUUCUUCUUCCAGAUUUGCCGGCGCCACUGCGAAGGCAUCCGAGACUUUCAACAAGUUCACCGCUUCUGCCUUGAUUGUUGGAUGCUUCCUCGUUCUCUUGGCUUCCUGUAUGUCGGGACUCAGAUGGGCUUUGACCCAGAUCGUUCUCCGUGGAAAUAGAUACACGAAGAACCCAAUUUUGACUAUCUUCUAUCUCAGUCCUGCCAUGUGCAUUUCGUUGAUCUUCAUGGGCUCGCAAGUCGAAGGUGUUGGCAAUUUCCUUGGUUCCCAAGUUUGGGAAACUUACGGUGUCUUUGGAACAUGCGUUUUGUUGCUCUUCCCUGGAUUCUUGGCAUUCUGUAUGACACUUUCUCAGUUCAUCAUCCUUCAAUAUGCCCCACUCCUCACUCUGUCCAUCGCCGGUAUUGUGAGAGAGCUUAUUACCAUUUUCCUUGGAUGGUUGAUCUUCGGUGACCAGCUCAACUUUGUCAAUAUGAUUGGUAUUUUCAUCACAUUGGCAGAUAUUGCCUGGUACAAUCUCUACAGACUGGAACAGUCCAGCAGCAAAUCUAGUUCGUCUCCAACUUCUAGCCAGGACUCCGAGAGACUCGUGAGCGAGGAGCUGGAAUUAGACUCUGUCGACAGCCGCAAAUGA